CUGUGAGGACACUUCUGGAGCGGCUUCUGCUCCGACUGGACGUCUCUCUGACGAUGGAGCUGCUCAACUCCAGUCACGCGGGCUUCAACGGCUCCGACCUGAGCAGCGCCUUCACCCAGCAGGUGCUGCCGCCCCUCUACCUGCUGACCUGCGCGGUGGGCCUGGUCCUCAACGGCGGCGCCGCCUGCGUCUUCUUCCGGGUUCCCACCGACUCGGCUCUGGUGGUCUUCCUGAAGAACAUGCUGGUGGCCGACCUGCUGAUGCUCACCACCUUCCCGCUGCGGCUGGUGGCUCAGGUGGGCGUGGCCGGCUGGCGCCUCCACGUGGUCAUGUGCCGCUACACGGCCGUGCUCUUCUACUCCUCCAUGUACGUGGGGAUGGUCUUCAUGGGCCUCAUCAGUCUGGAGCGCUACGCCGCCGUGGUCCGCGCCUCCGGUGGCGGCGUCCUGCGGCGGCUGCGCGGCGCGGGCCCGGCCAGAGGGCUGGCUCUCCUGGUGUGGCUCCUCCUCCUCCUGUGCGUCCUGCCCAACGCCGUGCUGACCAGCCGACCGGCCCGGCGCGAGACGUCGCGCCGCUGCAUGCAGCUCAAGUCGGCGCUGGGCGUGCAGUGGCACCGCGUGUCCACGCUGCUGUGCGUGGCGCUCUUCUGGCUCACGCUGCUGCUCCUGGCUUUCUGCUACGCCUCCAUCGCGCGGCAGGUCCGGCGCUCGUCGCGCCGCGUCCGCCGCUCCGCCGCCGCCGCCGCCUGCCGGCGCUCGCACCGCAGCAUCUUCAGCCUGCUGGCCGUCUUCCUGGUCUGCUUCGUGCCGUACCACGUGUGCCGGGUGCCCUACACGCUGAGCCAGAUGCCGUGGUCGCGCUUCAGCCCCGGCUCCAGGCUGCUGCUCUUCCAGGCGAAGGAGGCCACGCUCUUCCUCUCGGCUCUCAACGUGUGUCUGGACCCGGUGGUCUACUUCCUCAUGUGCACCACCUUCAGGGACUCGCUGCUCAGCAGGCUGGCCACAGGGGGGCGCCGCAGAGCCCACGGCCAGAGCCUCGGCAACAUGGCGAGACGUUAGCCUCACUGACCGCGGCGGAGCGGUCCUCGUCUCCAUCACUGUCACCGCCUUCGUCUUCAUCAUCAGCACAUUUGUCUUCAUCAUCACCACCUUCCUCUUCAUCAUCACACCGUCUUCAUCAUCACCACCUUCGUCUUCAUCAUCACCACCAUCUUCAUCAUCACACCGUCUUCAUCAUCUCACUUCAUCUUCGUCACCACCACCAUCUUCAUCAUCACACCUUCGUCUUCAUCAUCACCACCUUCGUCUUCAUCACACCUUCCUCUUCGUCACCACCACCAUCUUCAUCAUCACACCUUCGUCUUCAUCACACCUUCAUCAUCAUCACCACCGUCCUCUUCGUCACCACCACAGCCAUGGUUUCUCAGCAUCAUGACGCGUGUCACGCCUGCUUCACGUCUCCAACUGUAACCCAGGACAUCAGCCCUUGUACAAACACAUGCGACAGGAUGUUUGACUGAAAUAACCAUCAGUGGCGGUUUGAAGCUUCCUGUCGAGCAGCAGCCACUUCCUGUUUCACACAUCUGACUCGCCAGUUGGGGGGUUCCCCCCGGCCGCUCCACGUAUCCCCCCACCCCCAGCUGCAGCUCUGCAGCUUGAAUGACGCUGUUUCAGUGCUGAAUUGCUCUUCGCCUCUCCUUCACCAUGAUGGAGGAAUCAGUAUCACAAUAAACCAACAAACACAGUGGUGGCACUUUAACAAGUUCAUUACGAUUCAUUAUUUACAACAAAAAAGUAACUGAAUUGAACGGACCAGUCUGCUCUCCAGACAGCAGGGACCCUCUGUCAGUGCAGCAGUUCCUGCUCCACUGAUGCAGCCAGGAUGAGAACAACAACAACAACCAUGGAGGAAUCCUCCCUGAACCAAAGCAGCUGUUGGCUUUGGUUCAGGGAGGUUUUUCACUACACAGUGUCCAGGGUUUCCACCACUCUGGAUGGACUGGACAUUCUGAUCCAGAUAUUUCCAAGACAUGAAAAGAGUUUCAGUUGAACUCGGGUGAGAUCGAGACUUGAACAGAGCUUCAGUUGAACUCGGGUGAGAUCGAGACUUGAACAGAGCUUCAGUUGAACUCGGGUGAGAUCGAGACUUGAACAGAGCUUCAGUUGAACUCGGGUGAGAUCGAGACUUGAACAGAGCUUCAGUUGAACUCGGGUGAGAUCAAGACUUGAACAGAGCUUCAGUUGAACUCGGGUGAGAUCAAGACUUGAACAGAGCUUCAGUUGAACUCAGGUGAGAUCAAGACUUGAACAGAGCAUCAUGGUGGUUUAUUGUCAAACUGGUGCAGAAUCAACAAUAUUCUGUUGUUUAACUGUGUACGGCUCCAUCCAUCAUCCAUCAUCCCCAGCCAGCCUUGAGCCUCUUGUGAGGACGAGGGUUUAUCAUCACCACAUUUCCUUUCUCUUUCAUUUCCCCAAAUAUUGUCCCUCAGUGGGACAUUGCGAGCCACUCUCUCUCUCUCUCACACACA